GAAAGUCGUCAAUCUCAACAAACCACAAGCAUGAUCCGAGCCAAGGUCCUGCCCGAGGUGCUCCGCCAAGGCCUCGGCGAUGGCGUCGCCGCCAUCCUCCUCAUGACGGUCGACGGCGCGCUCCUCGGUUCUGUCGGCGCCAUGAGCCCCUCGUCGACGCCGUCGCAUGCGUCGGGCGUCGAGCCGGCUGUCGACGUCAAGGUCGUCGGCGCGAUUGCGGCCAACGUAUGGGCCGAGUACGACCACUCGGCCAAGGAAAUCUUCCCGACCGAGGAUCUUCGCGUGCUCUUCCUCGAGUUCCAGAAGGACAAGUGCUUGGCGGUGACCUCGGCCAGCGCCGGGUACCUCCUCUGCGCCUACUCGGACGGGAAGGCGCCCAUGGGCCUCCUCAAGAAGAAGCUCGAGACGCUGCAGCCGUACCUGAAAGAAGCCUUGGAGAAGAUCCAAGUCUAAGCCGCCGCUCAAUACAUACUACGUUUACCAGCC